AUGGUUGAGAGUGAUUCGUCAUUUGAGACAGAUAGCUUGGGAGUCGUGGAUAUUGUCGCACGUCAUAGGGUCCUGAGCCAGCAGCUCGAGACGCAGAUGAGAGACCCUAUUGAGCGGGUUGUAGAGAGAAAGGACUUUGCCGCUAGUGAAGAAAGGAAGCAUCAUGGGGAGUGCACAUUAUUACCAAGCUUCAAGAAUCUAGUCAUCAUAGUUGAGGAGCAGAGUUUUAGGGCUGAUGCCUUACUUUUGGUUUUGGAUCCUGGACUGGCGCAGGAGAUUAAGGAGAUAGAAGGAGCAGAACAAGAUGAGAUUAGGGGACAGAAGGUUGUUAGUUUAAGAGCGGCGAUGGAAGAUAUCAUGCGUGCUGUGGUUGCGAUGCAGAAGAAACCUGCUACAAAACUUGAUGGGAUCGCAGGAUGCUAUAGAGAGAUCUAA